AUGAGCAGGCAGAGGUUUGCAUUUACUCUGCCUCAGCAAUGUGAACCUCCAUUUCCACAAGACUUGGAAGAGCUUAAUGAUCAUUCAAACGUGUACGCAAUUCAAGACUCCUUGUGGCCAGAGUUUUUGGCACCCGAACCCGAGCCUUUAAUCCCACUGUGGCUUUAUCAAUAUCCUCUAUAUCCAGCAUCUUCUGAGAUCUUCCAAAAUGUUCCAACCUUCUUUCCACCAACAGUUUCUAUCGAAAAUUACGAAAGUUUUCUCGAGGACGUUCCGAGAGAUCCAUUGGGGCUUCUCAACGAUAAUGGCGACGAUGACAAUGAAUAUGGUGACAGCUAUCUUCUUAGUGAUGUCCCACUCGAUGAGAAUCGAAAUGUAUACGAAAAUUUACAAGCCUUUCCAGAAGAUAUGCCAUAUUCUUAUCCGAUGAUCACUAACUAUGGGGCUGUUACAAUUCUUCUGAGGCAUCUUGUCAGAGUGGACAUAUCUGCGGAGCAGGCUGUUUACGUGAGUAAUCCCCCUGGCAACUCUGUUGCUGCCAUUAGUGGAACAGGCGAUAGAAGCUGCAUCAUACAUCCUAACGGGAGGAUUCUUCAGCAUGGAUCAGAUAUCCACAUGGCAACACUCAGCCGCAAGGCCAAGAUGUGCAAGCGUGGUAUAGUGUUCACUUCGGUCGACCACUGCCUUUCCUAUCUGGUUGAUGCUUCUGGAACGAAGACGACAUCUGAGAAAUUCCAAGAUUUGCACAACGACAUCAGCAUUGCCGUGUUUUACAGUGACAGCCUGCACGAUAAUUACCUUGAGGAAUGCUGCAAGAUGGUGACCAAAUCAGUGCAUAAGACUUUCAGAAACGGUGACAAGGUGUGGACCGUUGGUGCCUUCCGCAUCAAGCAAGAUCAUUUUGGUGACGUCAAAGUGACUCAUACCUUCGAAAGGCGGGUCGUACGAGCUUCGCCAACAAACGGUCAGAUGUCAGUCAAGAGUUCUGACGUUGAAAUGAGUGUUGGACGCUAUCCUAAUAACUACUUUGAUGUGAGAAAAGGUCGUCAGCACGUCAAAGCUAGCCUUAGAGGUUUUCGCGUGCAAAAUGGUACGCAGAAGGCAGGUUUUAAUAGCUCUGGAAGAGUUGUACUCUACUAA